CAAUAAUCCAAGGCCCUGAACUCCCCAAACUGCCCCUCUCACCAUAGAAAAAAGAAAACCCCAAAGCAAAUCACUAAAAUCCCUUUCUAUAAAUAACCCCCCCUUUAAACUCGCACUCUCCUUCAAUUAUCACCACCACCACCACCAUCAUCUUCAUCUUCAAUCAAACCCUAGAAGAAUCUCAACCGCUCGCCGUAGAAGUCGCCAUGCGAUCGCGCCGGAAACGGCCGGAACCGUCGGUCACGUCACCGCCGCCGCCGAUAAGCGCCCCUGCAGCAGCUCGACCCGACCGAGCCAAACCCGAACCCGAGUCCGCGUUGUCAAUGGACUGCGAUCGCGAGUCGACCUCCUCAGGCGAUCGGAACGGUACGGAUCAUGCGACUCUCGACUCGGACGCCGCCCGCACGGAGGGUCCAGGUCGAAGUUCCAGCACAUCGUCGCCGGCCUCGCCGGCGAUGCGGCCCCCAGCGCCGUGCUCGCGUCCUUGACGGAGCUCUGCGAGGUUUUGUCUUUUUGUGUGGAUGAUGCUGACCUAGGGUUUCCGAUGGCGACGGCGGGGCCUUUGCUUGUGAAAUUGGCUAAUUAUGAGGGGAACCCUGAGAUUAUGCUGCUGGCGGUUAGGGCUUUGACGUAUUUGUGUGAUUUGGUGCCGAGGUCGGCUGAUGAGCUGGUCAGGCACGAGGUUGUGCCCGUGCUUUGUGGGAAGUUGCUGGCGAUCGAGUACUUGGAUUUAGCUGAACAGUGUUUGCAAGCAUUGGAGAAGAUUUCGAAGAAGCAGCCGGUUCCCUGCUUGCAGGCUGGGACGAUAUCGGCAGUUUUGAGUUAUAUUGAUUUCUUCUCUACUAGUGUGCAGAGGGUUGCCCUGUCUACGGUUGCAAAUGUGUGCAAAAAGCUACCUUUGGAUUGCUCUUCGCUUGUCAUGAAAUCUGUCCCUGCAUUGUGCAAUCUCCUCCAAUACGAGGACCGGAAGCUAGUGGAGACUGUUGCAACUUGCUUGAUAAGGAUAACAGAAAGUUUUAGUAGUUCUUCGGAGCUUCUGGAUGAGCUUUGCUCAUGUGGGAUGAUUAACAAGAUGUUACGUUUAGUUGCUGUUGAUGGUCAGGUGUCUCUUAGCCAAACGACUUACGUGGGAUUGAUUGGGCUUCUCACUAAGCUUGCCAGUAAAUCACUAUUGGCAGUAAGGACUUUGUUUGAUCUGAAUAUAAGCAACAUACUGAGGGGUAUCUUGGUGGCUUCUGACACGUCUCAUGGCACCCCAUACUCACCCCUCCAGGACACGCAACCUAACCAGGUUCAGGAAGUUUUGAAGUUAUUGAACCAGUUGAUCCCUUCCACAUCUAGGGACAGUGAGGACAUUCAGCUAGUUUUGGCCAAGGAAAAAGUAAUAGCAGAUGAACCCCUGUUCUUGCAUCAGUUCUCAGCAAAUAUCCUCCCUGCUGCAAUUCAGUUGGUCAACUCUGGCGUGAAUCUUUAUGUUUGUUACUGCUGUGUUUCCAUCAUAAACAAUAUUGUUUAUUUUAGCACGUCUGACAUGCUCUUGGAUUUGCUCAAGAAUACAAACAUUUCCAGCUUUUUGGCUGGCUUGUUGGCAAGAAAACAUGAACAUGUGCUCUUUCUGACUCUAAAAAUUGUAGAGACUCUCAUGCAAAAGCUUUCGGGUGUAUUUUCAAGCCCUUUUAUUAAAGAGGGCGUUAUUUAUGCAAUUGAUGCACUUCUGAUACAAAAUGAUUGUUCUCAGUCCCUGUCUCAACAAUCCAGUUGUUCUGGCAGUCGAUUGGUGGUCAGAGAUUCUUCUAGGUGCUUGUGCAACGCGUUUAAUGUGUGCUACUCUUCUUCUGAAACAAAAACAUGUAGGCUUGGGAAAGAUGCUGUCCGUAAUUUAGCAGGGCACAUAAAGGCUACAUACUUUCAUAAUGAAUCAGCCAAUUGUGGGAUGGGUUUGACUGAAAUUUUAAAGAAACUCAAAACAUACUGUGCAGAACUUGAUGAUAAUGGUAACAAGUAUUUAACGAAUGAUGUUGCUGAAAAAGAGGACUACUUAUCUGAUAUACUAGGUCAAGUUUUGAGAGAGCUUAGUAGUGGAGACACAAUGUCCACUUUUGAGUUCAUUGAGAGCGGAGUAGUGAAAUCUUUGGCACAUUAUUUAUGCAAUGGGAGAUACCUUCAAGGAUAUACUGGUAGUCACAACUCACUAAAUCAUUCUCUUUCUGUGCUUACAAGAUUCCAGACUUUUGCUGCUAUUUCUUUGUCUAACUCGGGGAUGACUUGGGAAGAUUUGCCGCUGACAUCAUUUGUAAGAAAAUUGCAGAGUGCAUUGUCUUCUGUUGAUAAUUUUCCUGUUAUAUUGAGCCAUAAUUUCAAGCCACGGAAUGUUCUUGUUGAUAUCCCAGUCAAACACACUACAAUGAAUCCUUGCUUAAGAGUUCGUUUUAUUAGGGAAGAAGGAGAGGAAAGCAUAGGUGACUGUAGUGAAGUUCUGACUGUUGAGCUAUCGUGCACAUUGGAUGUCAUUGAAGGAUAUCUAUGGCCCAAAAUCAAUGGAAACAAAAACCAUAGGCAGGCAGAACCAACAGGGGAGGAUAUUGAAUCAGUUGACUUUGCUUCUGGAAGUCCAUGUCCUGUUGGGAGAAAUCAUGAAGAUGCAAGUGCCAAUAUAGUCCAGAAGCGACCAAUAUCAGAUUUACCAGAGAUUCUAAACUUUCAAGGACAGACUUUACUGGUGGAUACUGGUGCAAAAACAGGGGAGAUCAUAAUUGAGAAGAAAUCCAGACCUUCAUCCUCUAGUCAGAGAUGUGGCCAGAACAGAAAAGAUUUAACUUCAAGCAAAUAUGAUGAGCAUCCAAAUUUGAUUUUUGCUUUUGAAGGGAAACAUUUGAAUCGGUCUUUAACUCUUUAUCAAGCAAUUCUACAAAGCCAGAUCAAGGUAGAACCUGAUAUGUGUUUGGGCCCAAAGUUCUGGAAUGAUAUUCACAAAGUGACAUACAAACGAGCAGAGCCAAUGAUGAGCUGUGCAAAACUGUCUUCUGACACUUCUGAGUCAUAUCUAUUUUGGGAAAAGAUUGGAUUCUCAUGGCAUAAGUUGUCAUUCUUUUCCAGUUUGCUUCUAGCUGAGCUUCCAUGCAAACUUGAUAGGUUAAAUCCGUCAUAUGAUAUACUUUUCAUGAUGAAAAUCUUGGAAGGGCUAAACCGUAAUUCAUUUCAGCUGUUGUCCAAUGAUAAAAGCAUUGCGUUUGCUCAAGGCAGAAUAAAAAACGUUGAUGAUCUAAGUGUGGUGACUUCUACAAUUCCACAGACCCAGUUUAUAAGUACUAAACUCACUGAUAAGCUCGAGCAGCAAAUGCAAGAUCCUUUGGCAUUAACCACUGGUGGCCUGCCUCUAUGGUGUUACGAGCUAACAGCUGUGUGCCCCUUUUUGUUUUCUUUUGAAGCAAAACGGAAGUACUUCCGACUGGCUGUAUUUGGUUCCUCUGAGAAUCAGUAUCCUAGACAGAUGCAUUCAAGCAACAGCAGUUCCAUUUCCAAUAAUGAGCGUUGGUCACAAACAGGGUUGUCUCAACGCAAAAAGUUCAAAGUAGAUCGCAAUAAUAUUCUGGAAUCUGCUGCAAAAAUGAUGGGAUCACUUGCUCAUAGCAAGGCUGUUAUUGAAGUGGAAUACAAUGAAGAAGUUGGAACUGGUCUAGGUCCAACUAUGGAGUUUUACACAUUGGUCAGUCGUGAAUUUCAGAAAAAUGGUUUGGGUAUUUGGAGAGAGGAUAGAAGUACUAGUAUUAAUGGGUCUGAAUUUGUUGUUGCUCCUUUUGGAUUGUUUCCUCGCCCCUGGUCAAUGCAAACAAGUGUCUCAAAUGGUAUCCAUUUUUCUGAUGUGAUCAGAAAGUUCUUUCUUCUUGGGCAGCUCGUAGCAGAGGCAAUUAAAGAUAAGAGGAUGUUGGAUAUUCCAUUUUCUAGAGCGUUUUAUAAAGUUAUCCUGGAGCAGGAGAUUGGCAUAUAUGAUAUUCAGUCAUUCGAUCCUGAGCUGGGAAAGACAUUGUUAGAGUUUCAAGCUCUUGUUAAUAGGAAACGAUAUUUGGUAUCAGAUCCAAGAGUAAAUAAAGGGGAUCCCUUCUAUUUAUGUUUCCGGAAUACAAGAAUAGAAGACCUCUGCCUUGAUUUUACACUUCCAGGCUACUCCGAUUAUCUACUAACCAGUGGAAGUGAUCCUAGAUUGGUUGCUAUUGAUAACCUGGAAGAGUAUGUCAAACUAGUCGUCAAUGCAACUAUCAAAGAUGGAAUUUCCAGACAAGUUGAAGCUUUUAAAUCAGGUUUUAAUGAGGUAUUCCCAUUGAAAGACCUUCAAAUGUUUACUGAAGGUGAACUCGAACGUUUACUUUGUGGGGAACGGGACACUUGGGAUUUUGGCCAGCUUCUUGAUCACAUCAAGUUUGACCAUGGUUACACUGCCAGCAGUACUUCUAUCACAAAUUUGCUAGAAAUCAUACAAAGCUUCGGAUGUGAUGAGCGAAGAGCUUUCCUCCAGUUUGUUACUGGUGCUCCUCGACUUCCUCCAGGAGGCUUAGCUGCUUUGAACCCUAAAAUGACAAUUGUCCGUAAGCAUUGCACCAAUGACAUGGACUUGCCAAGCGUGAUGACCUGCGCUAAUUACCUGAAGCUCCCAUCUUACUCUUCCAAGGAGAAAAUGAGACAAAGGCUUUUAUAUGCAAUAACUGAAGGACAGGGUUCUUUCCACCUCUCUUGAUGACUGACAUAAUCUAGCCAUGGUAAAUAAUCAUAUGUGAAUUCUGUAAUUAUGACCUUAGAAGAAGAUGGUAGUGUUAGCUGAUUCAGGGUAGAGCUGAUUGUGGGAAUCUAGGAAAUAAAACCCAUCUCUACUAGUGUGCAGAGUUAAUAGUAUGUAGGGAGGUGAAUGAUCCCUUGUACAGGUAGGGUGCAAAUUGGAAAUAGGAGAUAAUUUUAAGAAGAAUCCCUUUUUUUUAUCUAUAUAUGUAUAUAUAUUUGAGCCAUGCUCUUGAAUGGCUCUUUGUACAGAGAAAAUUUUGUGUACAGUGACUGAUUUUAGUGAUACUUAUCUUUAACUUUUAUCAGUUUGUAUAUAUUAAGACGUCUGUUCAACA